AUGUACUGUGUACACCCAAUGGGUCGCUCAUCGACGCACAAAGGGCUAAUUACAGCCCGGGCACGUCAGACGGACGAAAUUAUCGCGAUAUCAAACGACGCCGAUCGAUAUAGCGUAUUAAUAAUUAGAGCUGAUAUGGCUAGGGCUCCGAGUUGCGACGUUUUCUCAGGUAAAUUCACCUGGAGAUUGCCAGGUUAUUGCAAGCGAGAGAUUCGCAACGAAGUGAACACGAGAGCGGAUCGUCGAACGUCGUCCACACUUUCCACCAAACUCAGGCACCCACCUCAAGCGGGUUGUAUAUUCUAA